GGCCCUGAGUGGGGGAGGAGAGGAGGUCAGCCCUGCACGGGCGCACUCAGGGUGGCCGCCACUCACCAUGCACAUCACUCAGCUCAACUACGAGUGCCUGCUGCACCUCUUUUCCUUUCUAGACAAGGACAGCAGGAAGAGCCUCUCCAGGACCUGCUCCCAGCUCCAUGAUGUGUUUGAAGACCCUGCGCUCUGGCCCCUACUGCACUUCCGCUCCCUCACCGAGCUCAAGAAGGACAACUUCCGGCUGGGCCCAGCCCUGCGCAGCCUGUCCAUCUGCUGGCACUCCAGCCGCGUGCAGGUGUGCAGCAUCGAGGACUGGCUCAAGAGCGCCCUGCAGAGGAGCCUCUGCAGCCAGCAUGAGAGCCUGGUCAGUGAUUUCCUCCUCCAGGUGUGCGACAGGUAG